AUGUGUUUAGCUCCUCAUAAGUGUUAGCUUGAAAGAAAGCUUUGUGUUGAAUGUUUAUACGAACAUGAGGUGGAAAAAAAAGACUUUGUUCCUCUCAAGACAUUUCAAGAGAAGGUUGAGAAGAUAUAAAAGGAAUCUAAGCUUAAUGAUUAAUCUGAAAUAAAAAAAUAGAGAAAGAAUUAUAAAUCAAUGCUUUCUUCUAUUCAAAGCAUGUUAAAAUAAAUUUGGGAUGAAUUAGCAAAAUAAAUAAAUUAGCUCUAUGAUUUGAUUGAGAUGAAAGAUAAAUCAUAUUUGAAUUAAUUUAACAACAAUGUGAAUCCUAUAGAAUUACCCAAUACUGAAUUAGAAAAAUUAGUCUAAAAUAUUAUCGGAAAACAAUUAGAUGAUUGGAAUAUAUAGAAAAAUUCUUAAUUGAAGAGGUUGGAAAUGACAAAGUAAUAUUGGGAAAAGGAAACUAAGCUUUUUUGUGAAAAAUUGAAUAA